UAUCCCGUUCGUCGGGUGGCAAGUACGUGCCACGUGCAAUCCUGCUCGAUCUGGAACCGGGAACCAUGGAAGCCGUUCGCUCCGGAGCCUACGGUAAACUGUUCCGCCCGGAUAACUUCGUGUUUGGGCAGUCUGGUGCCGGCAACAACUGGGCCAAGGGACACUACACCGAAGGUGCCGAACUGGUGGACGCCGUGCUGGAUGUGGUGCGUAAGGAGUGCGAGAACUGCGAUUGCCUACAGGGAUUCCAAUUGACCCACUCGCUGGGAGGCGGUACCGGAUCUGGCAUGGGAACGCUGCUGAUCUCUAAGAUCCGCGAAGAAUAUCCCGACCGAAUCAUGAACACAUACUCCGUAGUCCCAUCGCCAAAGGUUUCCGACACGGUGGUCGAACCGUACAACGCCACUCUGUCCAUUCAUCAACUGGUGGAAAACACCGAUGAAACCUACUGCAUUGACAACGAAGCGCUGUACGACAUUUGCUUCCGUACUCUGAAGGUGCCAAAUCCCAGCUACGGCGAUCUGAAUCACCUCGUCUCGCUGACCAUGUCCGGAGUUACCACCUGCCUUCGUUUCCCGGGUCAACUGAACGCAGAUCUGCGAAAGUUGGCCGUUAACAUGGUGCCGUUCCCACGUUUGCAUUUCUUCAUGCCUGGCUUUGCGCCACUGACUUCGCGUGGAUCUCAGCAAUAUCGGGCCCUUACUGUCCCAGAACUGACCCAACAGAUGUUCGAUGCCAAGAACAUGAUGGCUGCCUGCGAUCCACGACAUGGACGUUAUUUGACGGUAGCUGCUGUCUUCCGUGGUCGCAUGUCGAUGAAGGAAGUCGACGAGCAGAUGCUGGCCGUUCAGAACAAAAACAGCAGUUACUUCGUUGAAUGGAUUCCGAACAACGUCAAAACUGCCGUCUGUGAUAUUCCACCAAAGGGUCUGAAAAUGUCGUCGACCUUCAUUGGUAACACCACUGCCAUCCAGGAACUGUUCAAGCGCAUCUCCGAACAGUUCUCCGCCAUGUUCCGCCGUAAGGCUUUCUUGCAUUGGUACACGGGCGAGGGUAUGGACGAAAUGGAAUUCACCGAAGCUGAGAGCAAUAUGAACGAUCUGGUAUCCGAGUAUCAGCAGUACCAGGAAGCGACGGCUGAUGAUGAGUUCGAACAGGAAGAAUGCGCUGAUGAAAUGGAAGGCGAGUGCGUCUAAACCAACCGCCCAGGAGGCAUCCAACGGUUGUCAAGAAGCAUUUUUACUAUUUAUUACUUUUAGUUAGAUAAAUCGAUUUUAUGUGUACACAAACCGAAGAAAUAGUCCUAACGAAAAUUCUAACAACUCAUCUAAUCUCGGAUCUCAGCAUACUUACUAAUUGACAAUAUAGUUGGACCCGAUACUGUGUUCGAAAUUACCACAACCGCAUUUUUUUGGCAAAUUUAUAAACAUAAAAAACACAUAGAAAAGUCAACAAUCAAACUAAUGUUGUAUAAGUAAGAGAGUGAGAGUGUGAGAUAGUGUUGAAAUUGUAAGAGCAGGCCUAUAACUUUCUCACCACACGGCCGACAAACGCAGCGAAACUCGACCAUGAAAGUCUAGAUUCAGGCAAUAUUUCUAAGCAAAGGAAAUAACUCGCGUCACUGAGCAGUAAAGACUUUCAUGUCAAACUGGCUGGUUGGAGAGAAAGCGUUAGCCAACUCCUAAUGGUAAAUUUGAGAGAGAGAGAGAGUGGAUAAACAGUAAUGCUGCCAAUCGAACGUUGUUUGUGGAUCUUUUCGCUUCUUGCUGGACGAUUUUCGUGCAUCAUUCAUUUUAGCAAUAUAUCCAAAGAUUUUUUUUUUGUGAAAAGAAAGUUUGGUGAAAAUCGUCACAUGUCAACCAGUCUUUUGUAGUUAUAACUCGUUCUCUCUAACCAGGAACAAUCACUAUUAUGAAUAUUGUCGUUCUUAUAUCUUUGAUCUGCCACUAUCAGAUAUUUAUUAGUUUGGAUAUUUAGAAUCACCAGUUAUCUUAGAAUUGAAAAUACAGGAAUUGUCAGUUUUAUUUUGACCGGAAUGCUUUGAGUAGACAUUGACCCACAGACCAAUAGCAGUCACGUUACGCAUACAUCGAUUCAAGCCGACGACAAUCUGUGACAGUUUAAAAGUGUUGAUGCGAAACAAUAAAACAUAUUUUGUAUUUAUUUGUAACAA